UUCAGUACCAUAUCCUGCAGAGACCUAGUGCCAUUCCACCUGAGUAAUGGUAAGGAUUGCUUGGCAGUGAUUGAUCAUGAAACCUCCUCUGCAGUGAUCUGUGGAACUCCACAGAUGGGCUACCAGCUACUGAACUACCUGGGAACUAGUCGUGCAGUUGAGGCAGCUGCAUUUACCUUGGGGAAGACUUACCUAGUUGUGCUAGAGGAUGACUCCUUCAGCUCUUCCUCAAAUUUGAAGCUCUUCAAAUAUGAUGUCAACACUAUGGCUCUGGAGUUCAACCAUGACCUACAAAAGGCUUCACACCUUGAUGCCCUGGCUGGCAAGAAUGAAGCUUAUGUAGCAGUAACUCAUCGUACCUCCCCUAUUGCCGCCGGGAGUGUUGACAUCUUCACUAUCAAUGAUAAAGUCUGGUUCUGUGGAGAUGGAAAAAAUGCAGACCUUGAAGGUGCCUGGUGCUUUGGCAAGUAACUUGGGAGAAGUGUCCAAGUAUGAAAUGGGUCUCUUCGUCCAGACAGAGCAUGGUGUUCAUGUGUACGUCUUGAAGGGAAUGCAGUUUAUGCACGAAAGGAUGGUGAAAACUGUACCUGCACGGAAACCCUUCUCAUUCCCAUUCUACCAUACGGGCCAGAAUACCACCUUCCUUCUGUACGCUGGCAGUGAGGUUGAAGGUGGACACCUAGAAGGGAGUGCAAGAGCAUAUGAAGCGGUCUACAGGCCUUAGUUUUAAUCUUUUAAAAUAUAUUUAAUUAGAACUCC